AUGGAGUUUUUGAGAGAUCCCGAAAGCGCCUGGAGAAUCGGUCGGCUCCUAAUAGCCGCAACCACAUUUUGUUCGAUUCUGUACCGAUUCUUUCCAAAAGCCCUUAUUAACAGAGUGAAUAUACGGGACCGACGCAAUUCCAUAGCCAAAACCCCACCGCGAUCCCUUUCUCCAGCCAAGAAGCAAUCCAAUAGUGCCAAACCGCCCAUAAACUAUGACAAUGCCCUACCACCCCAGCGCAGAGAAGCCCUGUUGCAACUAACGGGAAGUGGUAUCCCCUGCCGUGAAGUUGAUGAAACCGAUGUGCACGAGAAUAUUCUUCCCAUGACCGCCGACUACAGGUCAAGCCCAGACAACCUUUACACACCAACGGGUUUCUCCGUGGGUGAAGUCAGAUCCCUCGGAGAUUUCCCAGACUAUGCGACGUUGAGCGGAGUCCCCCUACCCAGCGCUUAUCCUGAACAUGAUAUUGAGAAGGCAAAACCACGGCCGUACCGGCCAUUUAGAUGGGCCUAUCACCAAACAAUGUCGCUAACCAAAAUGGAAACGGACUGGUGGAUCGAGUUGGAAAGUACAUACAGGAGUCGCAUUGCGCAACGUAAAGAGCUUUAUGCCAAGAACGGCAAAGAGGUUCUUGACGCACUUCCGGGGUCAGAGUUAGCCUGCAAGGAGCUUAUGGAAAUGGUGUUGCAGUUUAUAUGUGCUCGAUAUCCUCAGCACUUCACAUUGGUAGAUAAGGACACUCUACGGAACCAUAUCCUAGGGACUCAGCAAAAUAUUCGAGCCAAACCUCCGCUGGAGGUUCUCCUUGACAAUGUCCCCGAGGACUUUGGUCUAAUGAUGCGAGAUGAUGAAACAGGAUACUAUUUCCUGCGCGCAGCUGUUAUCUGCUCUGCAUUAGGAUGGAAUGUUGGGUCAAAGAUUGGAAAGCAGUUGCACCAGAUUCAUGCGCCGAUUCCAGACUACAAAGAAAAAAUGCAAUUUUCGAUGGAUCGCUUCUUCACGAAGAUGCCGACUGAAAAGCCCAUUCAGCGUGGCUCGUGGGGCUUUGAAGUUGGAGAGCCCUUAUACAUGCCCCCAGGAGACCCGCAAGAGGCACUCAGAUCAUCGCAGAACCCCGACUUGCAAAUUGCAGAUUGCAAUCUUCGUGUGGACUGGCAGACUCUUCGUCGUCUGCCGCUAUCCGCUUCUAUCGUUUUCAAUUUCAAGGCACUCUUCACGCCGAUUACAGAGUUCCGCGAUGAACCGGCUAUACCACCAUUGGUAGCGAAGAUUUUGAAGGAGGGCAAGAGUCAUCUUAUGGAGUAUAAGGGAGUUUGGCAUGUUCAGCAUGUAAUUUUACCUCAAAUGGAGAAGUGGGCCAAGGAGCAGGAAGAAAAAGGUCUUGUUCCAAAAGACUGGCCAGUUGCUACUCUGGAUGAAAGUCCAUGGUUCCAAGGGUGGGAGAAGAAGUGGCAUUGCCAGCAAGGAUUUUAA